UGUGCCCUGUCGGUAACUCCAGACUUUGACCCUGAGUUCCAGCCCCGGUUGGCGGGCAGUCGGCUGAGGACAGGACACCCCAGAAUCAGGAGACUCCUCUGCAGGAGAUAAGACCCUGCGUCCACAGCAGCUGCCUCUUCAGAAGUUUGGCAAUCCAGGCUGGCACGAUGCGUGUGGUAGUGAUCGGAGCGGGCGUCAUUGGGCUGUCCACCGCCCUCUGCAUCCACGAGCGCUACCAGUCAGUCCUGCCAUCGCUGGAUGUGAGGGUCUACGCAGACCGCUUCACCCCGCUCACCACCACUGACGUGGCUGCUGGCCUCUGUCAAGCCUACCUCUCGGACCCCAGCAACCCACAGGAGGCGCAUUGGAACCAGCAGACCUUCGACUAUCUUCUGAGCCACAUCCAUUCUCCCAACGCUGCGAGCAUGGGCCUGGCCCUAAUCUCAGGCUACAACCUCUUCCAUGAAACUAUUCCGGAUCCUUCCUGGAAGGACGCAGUUCUGGGAUUUCGGAGGCUGACCCGUAGAGAGCUGGACAUGUUCCCCAAUUACAGCUAUGGCUGGUUCAACACAAGCCUGAUUGUGGAGGGGAGGAGGUAUCUCGAGUGGCUGACUAAAAGGUUAACUGAGAGGGGAGUGAAAUUCUUCCAGCAGAAGGUGGAGUCUUUCGAGGAGAUGGCAAGAGGAGGUGCCGACGUGAUUAUCAACUGCACCGGGGUGUGGGCUGGGGCAUUGCAACCAGAUCCCUUGCUGAAGCCAGGUCGGGGACAGAUCAUUAAGGUGGAUGCCCCUUGGAUGAAGCACUUCAUUAUCACCCAUGACCUAGCGAAAGGCAUCUACCAGACCCCAUACAUCAUCCCAGGGAUCCAGACAGUGACUCUGGGAGGCAUCUUUCAGCUGGGGAACUGGAGUGAGGCAAACAACAUCCAGGACCACAACACUAUCUGGGAAAGCUGCUGUAGCCUGGAGCCCACACUGAAGGAUGCAAAAAUUGUUGCUGAAUUUACUGGUCUCCGGCCAGUUCGCCCCCAGAUUCGGCUAGAAAGGGAACAGCUUCGCUUUGGAUCUUCAAACACAGAGGUCAUCCACAACUAUGGCCAUGGAGGCUACGGGCUCACCAUCCACUGGGGCUGUGCUAUGGAGGCAGCCAAGCUAUUUGGGAAAGUCCUAGAAGAAAGGAAGUUGCUCAGGAUGCCGCCACCCCACCUCUGAAAACACCACCUCCCCAAGAACUCCCCGCUCCCCUCAGCCAAGCAAUCAAUAUACCCCCCUCUAAGCUAUCACUUACCCUUCACAUUAGCCCUGGCUCCUUUCUGCAAGAAGCACAAGAUGAGAGGGAAAUGACAAGAUCCAUUCCCAGAGGCGAGUCUGGCCCUACCUGGGGCUCACUUUGAUCACUGGGGUCUCUCCACUCACUCUGGGCCUGACUGUAUGAAGAACAGAUGUAGGCUGUUAUAUUCUAAGUCCUCAGAAAGGAAAGCUCAGAAAAUCAAAGGAGCAAGGAGAAAAUUGGAGAUAACUGAGGUUAGGUAACUUGAGGACAAAUUACACUAACAUAUUAAAGGUUCUGAAAAGGUGAUUCCCGGGUGGCUCAUUGGUUUAGCACUUGCCUUCGGCCCAGGGGCAUGUUCCUGGAGUCCUGGGAUCAAGUCCCACAUCAGGCUCCCUGCAUGGAGCCUGCUUCUCCCUCUGCCUCUCUCUCUCAUGAAUAAAGAAAUUUUUAAAAAAUAAAAUCUUUAAAAAAAAUAAAGGUUCUGAAAAGUCCUGCAACAAAGACAUCUAUCUGAUGUUCUUUCAUCCAAUCCUAAACUUAUUUGGUUUGGAAACCUUUUUGCCCCGAGCACUGAUGCCACAGAGUGUACUUGAGGGAAGGCUGUAGUAGAUUUUGUUGCAGGAAGUCACAUGCAGAGCUGGAGUGUGGCGAGGCAGAAGAGGUAAGGCAUUGAACUAACACCAUGAUACCCAUUCCACAUCCAGAAUUUCCAACAGUGUCAGUGACCUGCUGAGUGGGUAGAAGGGGCAUGGGGAAAAUCCUGCAACCCACAUGGCACUGGAGAAAUUAGGCGAUGCUUAAUUUCUUCACUUUCCCUUCGCCUAAACUUCUUGCUCCCUCCUUCCCUGAAGAUGAUCUGUAACCGUAUUUUUCAAUGACUUACUGGCAGCUUGAUGAGUGUUGUAUUUCCUUGUUGAAUCGUCUCCAGCACUUCUGUCAAAAGUCAGUUGAGCCUUAAAUAUAUAGGUGUAUUUUUGGAAUUUCAAUUCCAUUCCAUUGAUCUAUAGGUCUAUCCAUAUACUCGUACACUCAUGCUACACUGUCUUGAUUACUGAAACUUUGUAAAAAGUUUUAGAGUUAAGAAAUGUGAGUCUUCCAUGUUUGUUCUCUUUUAAGUGGUUUUUUUUUUUUUCUUUUUUGGCUCUCCUGGGUCCUUUGUAGUUUCCUACAAAUUCUACAACCAGCUCGCCAGUUUUU